ACAUAAAGUCAGGUUAUAACCAUCCAAGGGUAGUUUCAGUGAUCUCUCUCUCCCUUCCUCCCUUCUCCCUCUCUCUCUCUCUCUCUCUCUCUCUCUCUCUCUCUCGCUCUCUCUGAGUGAAAGAUGGGGUUCAGGGACUACCUUGCCAAUGGCAAGGAAGAGCCAUGUCAUCAACCUCCAACUUUCAUUGAGUGGCUCAAACCAUCAAUCUCAACCUCUUCUUCAUCCUCUUCCUCAUCCUCUUGUCUGACCGAACCCGCUCAUCUCGCGAAACCCGCAAUUUUCCCGGACUUGCCCAACUUGUCGCACCAGCAACAGCAGCAAGAACGGCGCUUCCUCCAUGAGACCAUCCGGUGCUUGCCUCUCCUGAGCAAGCUCUCUGACACAAAGCCACCGAAGCAAGAGGAAGAAGAACAAGAAGAGGUCACGGUUGUGGGAGAGGGUAGAGAGAGACAGCACGGGGUCAGAGAGUCGAGAGCGGAGAAUGUCACCGUGGGGUUGCACAUUGGAUUGCCACUCGGUGGCAUGGAUGGCGGCUACGGCGACAAUCUUGAGAAGAGCAAGCAUGGCUGCGAUGAGCUCCUGAUCAAGGAAGGGGUUCACAAGAGGAACCUGUUUCAUGGAUACUCCAGCUUCAAUGCGGAGAGCAGGUUUUGGAUCCCAACGCCAGCUCAGAUUCUCGUGGGGCCCAUGCAGUUCGCUUGUGCCAUCUGCAGCAAGACCUUCAAUAGAUACAACAACAUGCAGAUGCAUAUGUGGGGACAUGGAUCGGAGUAUCGAAAGGGCCCGGACUCACUGAAGGGCACACAACCGGCAGCGAUGCUGAGGCUGCCAUGCUACUGCUGUGCGCAAGGCUGCAAGAACAACAUCAACCACCCGAGAGCCAAGCCGCUCAAAGAUUUUAGGACCCUCCAAACCCACUACAAGCGGAAGCAUGGCGUCAAGCCGUUCAUGUGCCGCAAGUGUGGGAAGGCCUUCGCCGUCAAAGGCGACUGGCGGACCCAUGAGAAGAACUGCGGGAAAUUAUGGUACUGCACCUGCGGUUCCGACUUCAAGCACAAGAGAUCGCUCAAAGACCACAUCAGGUCAUUUGGGAGGGGUCACUCUCCGCACCCUUCUCUCGAGGGUUUUGAGGAUGAGAAGGAGUGUGUCACUACUGGAUCCGAGGAUGAACUUGCUCGCUCGUGAUUAACUAUAAGUGGUGUUUUUUUUUUGUCAUUACGUCUUUUGGGUACUUAUCGCUUGCUUGAAGAGGGUUAAGUAAAUGACACUAGACGGACUUAUCUGAUGAGCUCGUGCUCGGUAACAAAAAAUUCUCGACGACUUGCUUGAGAGGCAAGUUAGGGUUAGGGAUUGGUUUGUUACGGAGCACUUGCCAUGCGAUAAGCUAGUAAAAAUGUUAGAGAGGGUGGGAGUAGCAUGAUUGCUACUAAUAAGCUGAUUGCCUUGGUUGUGAAGCAGAUGAAUUUUCUUCGCUAGAUGAGCAGCUCAAAGAGAGGGAGAGGCUUUUGUUGUACCUCAACAAGGAGAAAAUUUGUCAGCUUCAUCGCCAACUGGUAAUCUUACUUUGUAUGAGAAUUGUGGUGUUGUUCCACGGAUUAAUUGCAUGGUCUUUUUUCUCUGUCUA